AUCAUCAUCAUCAUCAUCAUCCAAGGAGAUAAAUUUAUACAAGUUGAAGAUCUUUGAUAGAGUAACAGAUACUGUUUGGAUUUCAGUUUUUUCUUAAAACUAGAAAUGGGAGUCGAGAAUUAUCAUGUGAUAGAGCUUGUCGGGGAAGGAUCUUUUGGUAAAGUAUACAAGGGAAGAAGGAAAUUCACUGGCCAGACGGUUGCUAUGAAAUUUAUACUUAAGCACGGCAAAAGCGAAAAGGACAUUCAUAAUCUGAGACAAGAAAUUGAGAUCUUGAGAAAGUUAAAGCAUGAAAACAUCAUUCAGAUGCUAGAUUCCUUUGAAAGCCCGCAGGAGUUUUGUGUUGUCACUGAAUUCGCUCAAGGUGAGUUAUUUGAGAUUCUCGAGGAUGAUAAAUGCCUUCCUGAAGAAGAAGUUCAGAGAAUUACGAAGCAGUUGGUCAGAGCAUUGCACUACUUACAUUCCAACCGAAUUAUUCAUCGUGACAUGAAGCCACAAAACAUCCUGAUUUGUGCUGGGGGUGUUGUUAAGCUUUGUGAUUUUGGGUUUGCACGGGCAAUGUCCACAAAUACAGUUGUUUUACGGUCAAUAAAAGGUACUCCCUUGUACAUGGCUCCAGAAUUGGUUCGGGAACAACCCUACAACCAUACUGUUGAUCUGUGGUCCCUUGGGGUCAUUUUGUAUGAACUAUUUGUCGGCCAACCUCCAUUUUACACAAAUUCAGUAUACGCACUUAUUCGACACAUCAUCAAGGAUCCAGUGAAAUACCCAGACAACAUGAGUUCAAAUUUCAGAAGCUUCCUCAGGGGUUUGCUUAAUAAGGAUCCUCAUAACAGGCUGACAUGGCCCCAUCUGCUUCAGCAUUCAUUUGUUGCAGAAACUUUUGAAGAUGUUGAGGCUAAGGAACUUCGUGCCAACACAGCUGCUGAUAGAGUAGGUGAUGCUGCCUGGAAAGGGGAAAGACAUGUAGAAGCAACUGAUCUGACGUCCGCAAGUCCGGAAGCUAAAAGCCAAUCUCCCACAACUACGAAUGAAAGUAGCAAAGCUCCUGGUUAUCAGACUGAUUCCAAAUGCAAUGAUCAACACUCGGCUAUUGUCUGUUCUUCACCACAAAUAGAGUCUCAAAGGGUUGCACAAAAUAAUAAUGUACAGUCAGGUUGCGAACUAUUGGACAGAUUGGAAAAUAACUCUCGCACUGUUAAGGGUGCGAAGCUAAUUGGUCUAGAUAACGAGUCACUAUCAGUUAUCUUACUGCCUCUCAAACAUAGAUCGUGCAGGGAUCAGGAUGUUCUCACUUCAAACCAGUCCCUGAGAAUUCUUUCAAACUUAGUUGCUGCUGGUGCUAUUAAUUCUACAGGGGUGCUAGAUGAAAUAUUUUGGGAACUUAUAGGAUUUACUGCUAAUCUUCUUCGCAUAAAAAAAUCAGAUUAUAGUGACCUACUGGCAAAGUGUUUUUCAGUUAUAAAAAAGCUAUUGGAUAACUGUGGCGGUGGAUUUGGAGAUUCAUAUAUCAAGCAGUGGGUUGCCAUAGUGGAGCUGUAUAAAGAGGUUUCUGGUGGUGCAGAAGAUGCAUCUGGAAGAAUUCUAUAUGAAUCCAUUGCCUGCAUUACAGUUCUUCUAUCUCGAGUAACACAAGGUCUCAAAGCAUCUCUGGGCACUAAGCGUGCCGAGAUGGUUGCAACUCCAUUGAUAAAUGAAGCUUUUAAAGAGAUAUUGGAUCAUGCUAAAACAGUGGGCCUAGCAGAUAUUUUGAUUUCACACUUAGUAACUUGUGGCACAAGCCUCAUGUCUGGUUCAUCAAACUUGUUACGUGCUGCUUGUGAAGCAUGUAGGACUAUUUGGUCAUUGAUAGAUGCAUUUGAGAUUCAGUCUACAAAAGAAAAUGCAUGCUUAUUUCCACUGAGCUCAAUGUGUAACUACUCCUUAGAACGGCUUGACUUGAAAGGAGAUGAAUGUGAAUCAUUGAUUGGUACGGAUUCAGCAAAAAUUGUUGAUGCGGUGACAAGAGCAUUCCUUAGAUCCAAAGCCGUACAGGUUGCAUUUUACUACUGUCUUCGCCAGCGCCUAGAGGCUGCAUGGUCUUCUAGCAUUCAGAUCAUCUUAAGGUGCUGCCUGCAUAAUAGCUUGGUUACUGGUGUUUUAUGCGGUCUCCCUAGCUCUUUACCUGUUACCACAGUCGUUAGUGGAGGCGGUGAUAAUACCAUCAUUUCAGAGAUAUUUUCAAUAUUAUCUCUUUGUGCUUCCUUUGACAGGGACGCACAAUCAGGAGACACGAAUAAUCUGAAAAGUAAAUUAGCCAAUCCAUGUGCCCUAGUUUGCCAUUCAUGCCUUCUACUUGCUGCAGUUGCACAAUCCUUAAAGUCUGCUGGAAGGAAUUCUGCACUAUUUAUGCUUACAUCAUCACCAAGAAAGCAGCGGUCUCGCCUUUCUGACCUUGCUCACCAUUAUUCUUUAUGUGAUAGAAUACAGAAUUCCUUCCAACCUCAUUCUAUGUCUGCUAUGCUAGCACUUGCAUCCAUUUUGUUCCUUGAAAGUGGUGCUUCUGUUGAAACGUCAAUUUCCGAAAUAGCCGUGCCUUUAAUUCCACGGAGUGCAACACUUUGUGAUUAUCUCAGGAUUUUAACAGCAGAUGACAACGGAAGGGGAGAUAAAUUUAGUAAAGGCAAGCUCUCAUAUUGGCAUGGGCUUAGGGAUGGCUGUGUCGGUUUGUUAGAGUCCAAACUAAAGUGGGGCGGGCCUUUAGCUAUUCAACAGUUGUGCGCCAGUGGUGUUCCCCAAACUCUUAUUGAUUUAUUAGGAAACAACCAAUCUGAUGCUUCAUCACAAGAUCAUGAUCAAAUUGGACUAUCACCUGUUGGAGUUUUAUGGACAGUUUCGUCGCUAUGCCAGUGCCUUCCUGGUGGCAGUUCAACUUUUCGCCAGGUUUUGCUUAGAAGGGAACACGUCAAACUUGUGUCAGAUUUGAUGUCUGAUGUGCAUCUCAAGCUUAUAAGGUGUUGGGGUGGACCUGGUGGAGGGAAAAAUGGAAUUAGAGACACAGUCAAUGCUGUAAUUAAUCUCUUGGCAUUUCCAUUUGUGGCAGUACAAAAUGUGCCAAGUUUUCCAUCUCCUGCUGCUGCUGCUGCUUCUGUGAAUAACGGUUUUCUUCUAAACAUGGGGUCUCCUGGUGGUAAGGUUUUUGCUGACGACAAGGACAUGGUUAGAGCAAUAGAAGCAAGCAUGGGAAAGUAUAUUCAAAUCCUUCUGGAGGUAGGAAUUCCUGGGCGAAUAAUUCGGUGUUUGGAACAUGUGGAAUUAAAGGAUGCUGCAAGACCUGUUGCCUUUCUAGCGAAAAUGACAGUUCAUCAAUCACUAGUUGUUCAACUUGUGGGCAAAGGUCUGUUAGAUCCAAAUAUGAUGAGACGGUUACUUGAUAGUUCAUCACCAAGAGAAGUCAUACUGGACAUUCUGAUGAUAAUUUCAGAUCUAGCACGGAUGGAUAAGGUUUUCUAUGAGCACAUAAAUGGAGCAAAUAUCUUAGAAUUCUUGAAAGAGUUUCUUACACAUGAAGAUCCGAAUGUGCGAGCCAAGGCUUGCAGUGCUAUAGGCAAUAUGUGUCGGCAUAGCUCCUACUUUUAUGGUUUGCUGGCAAAGCACAAUAUCAUAAGCCUCUUGGUUGAUUGUUGCUCUGAUGCGGACAAACGUGUUCGUAAAUUUGCUUGUUUUGCAAUUGGUAAUGCAGCAUACUACAAUGACUUGUUUUAUGAAGAGCUGAGAAGAUGUAUACCUCAACUUGCAAAAUUGUUGGUUUCGGCAGAGGAAGACAAAACAAAGGCAAAUGCAUCUGGUGCUCUCAGCAAUCUUGUUCGCAAUUCUAAUAAACUUUGUGAGGAUAUUGUGUCUAAAGGAGCCAUGCAGGCUUUGUUGAGGUUGGUUGCAGAUUGUUCAAUUGUUGCGCUGAACCCCGCAAACAAGAGAGAUGGUGGUAUUAAUGAGUCACCUUUAAAGAUAGCACUGUUUUCGUUGGCGAAGAUGUGUGCACAUUCACCUUGUAGGCACUUCCUUCGUUCCUCAGAUCUGUACCCGGUGAUUGCACGACUACGUCAAUCAUCGGAAACAACCAUUGCCAAUUAUGCUUGUGUCAUUUUAGACAAAACCUCCUCUAAAGCUUAAAUAACAUUCAUGAAAACAUAAAUCAUAUCGUAUAUAUAGUUAGUUUUUGAAUUA